AUGAAGUGUAUUUGCAUAAGCAUGUACUUGAAAAUAUUGUUGCUAGUAAGAGUCACUUUAUGUACAUCAGUAAAAACUUUAGUUAUUUUAGACAACCACUUGGAUUUAUCCUGAUGAGAAUAUCCAUUUAAAUUAUAGGGCGUAUUAAAUUGAUGUUAACUAAGAGAAUUUUGAUGAAAAGAAUAUUUAGAACUUUAAUCUUGAAAUACUAAAAGAGAUAACAUUAGAUGAUUAGUAGUCUAUAGUAUUAAGUGGGGAUGAAAGAAUAUUUAAGUUUACUUAGGGGGAGAUUACAGAUGUGAUGUUAUUAAGGAAUAAUAGCAUUGACUGCUUAUAUCAAGUUAAAAAUUUAUUGUAUAAUGAUGAAAUAAUUAUGCAAAAAAAAGAAUGUCAAAUAUUGUUAAGUCGCCCUUAAUGCUAUUAAUUACACUAAUUGGAAACAUCUAUUUUCAUAGUUUAAUGUCAAUACAAUGAAAAUAAUGUUAUUAUUUAAAUUGUUAAUUAAUAGUAAAUAUUUGAUGAAAUUAUGAUGCCAAUUCUACCAGUUUGUAAGUCAGAUUCAGUAUUUUAAUAAUAAACCUUAAUCAUAUUUAAUAAAUAAUGUUAAACAACUUAAUUUUAUUCAGUUUAAAUACUAAAUUUAUCAUUUCAGAAUAUUUAGUUACUUGAUUUGAUGGAUUUACAAGGAUUUACUGAAAAUAGUGCAAACCUUAUUGAUAUUAGAUUUAACGUCCAAGGCAAUUUAUAUAUAGUGUAUACCAAUCAAAUACUUUACCUUCUUCUCGAAAAAAGGGAAAUAUCAAUUUUUAAUUAACAAAAUGGAUUCGAAAUUAAGAGAUUUUUUUAACACUCCAAUUUAAGCAUAAAUUUAAUUGCUAAAGCAAAGACAGAAACAUAAUAACUCUAUUUAAAUGACAUUUUAUUAGAUUUGAGUAACUAGGACUUUUUGGAUAUAUUUUUUAUAAAACAAAGUCUUAUUUUAUAUCACUUUAAAAAUAAGAUAAUUGCAAAAGUUAAUUCCUUGUCCUCUAAUGUCAUAUCCUUAAAUUCAAAUAGCUUAAUUUAAAUUGACUAAUUGCCUUAUUUGAUUGCUAUCUCAAACAAAUAGUUAAAAUUGAUUAAAUUAAUCCUACCAAAAUCUGUUGUUACUUAUAACAGCUCUGAUACCGUGUACCUUGUAUAUGCAACAUUGCUAUAUACUCCUAAUAAAUAGAUUGAUCUUAAACUAGGUGAUCCAAAAAAUCCAAUUCAACUUUUUGAUUAAACAAAAUUAUAUCAACUAUUCACUAAUACCAACUAUCAUUUAUGUCUAUCAUACUAGAUGUUUAAAAGAACUCUCCCUCUCAAGUUAACUUAGAUAGUAGAAAAUGGACAAUAAUCUACAAUUUUAGAGAAAUAAAAUGCUUAAUUUCUAUCCUAUGUCGAUCAAAUCUUAUCAGCUGGUAAGGUUAUUUUUUUGCAUAAACUUAACGAUGAUUAAAUACUUAUUGUACAGAAUAUAGAGGACAAAUUCAUCAAAUUGAUUUACUACUCAAAUGGUAGAAUAUUAAAAAAACACUAAUUUAAAUUACUAGAUAAUGUAAUAUAAAUAUUGUUUCUUAGAGACUUCAUGCAUUUAACAAUAGUAUAUGAAUAUUCAAUCGAAAUUUACAAAAUAACUCUUCAUUAAGUAGAAAAGAGUAUAAAAGGUACUGAUGUUAAGAUAAUAUCAGCAAUGUAAUUAAAAUACUUUGUGACUUUUCUAUUUGAAGAUUGUAGUACUAUGUCGAUUCAAUUUUUUCAGAAUUGGUUUAUGUUAGGAAAUAUGUAGUAUCAAUUUGAUUGUAAAACUUCUCUUCAAUAUUACAAGGAGGAAUUAUAUAUUGACAUGCAUUCUAUACAUUUCAAAUAUAAAUUUUAAUAUAAAUAGAUUAUAACACUAAAAGAAUCAAUUUAUGAAGUUAGAAAUGUACUUCAUAAUUAUAUUCUGAUGUUUACUUAUCAUGAUAAUGAAUACCAACUCAAAUUAUAUUUAAUCAAAUAGGAAGAAUUUCUUUAUCUAUACACACUCCCUACAUAUAAUUUUCGAAUUUUAUACCCAUUUUAAUAUCAUAUUCUGAAUUUCAUUCUAAUGAUAAAAGCAUAAAGUUCUGAUUAAAAUUUUGUAAUAUUGAUAUAUGAUUUAAGAUACACAGCUAUAGAAUCCUUGGUGAAAAUUACAGAAAUUGAUAGAGAGGAAAAACUAGCUUUUAAUUUUGUCAAUGAUACUGAAUAUAUUUACUAAUAUCAGGGAUAAUUGAAGAUUCAAAAUUUGGAUUACCCAUGUUUUAUCUUAAACAUGUCUCAUGAAAGUCAUGACUUCAUCUAAGAAAAGACAACCAAAAUUAGGACCUAAUCUUGGAUUAGCAAUCAAAGUAUCGAUUUAGACUUUCAUCUUAUUAGAUUCAACGAAAACUACAAAUUAUAAUUGUUAAAUGAGUAAAAAAGUCUUCUCCAUAAUAAUAUUGUUAAUUUGAACAAUAUUUUUGGCAAUAUAGAUGAUACUUAGAUUAAUGGACCAGGAAAUUAUUAACUUCAUCUACCAUUAACUUUUACAAAUAAUUCAAUAAAUUGCUCUGUUUAUCGACAUGGUCUCUGUGUUAGUUCAGUAUGUAUUGGUCCCUGUAAUUCUCCAGCAUAUAUUUAAACAAAUGUUUUUGAUUUAAAUACGUUUGCUUCCCUAGAAUAAGAGUACAUGGCAUUCUCCUUAAUUGAUAUUGGUUAUGAUCCAGAUAAUUGUAAUCAUGCCAUCUAUGGAUAGGGGCACAACUUAAUUAGGGUAAAUGAGUACAAUCUUUGCAAUAACAAUACAAAAUUAAAGAAAAAUUAUAAAAUUUAAACUGAUAACAUGGAUUCAUCCUUAGAUUAUUAAGAUUUCAGAUAAAUAAAUGAUUUGCUGAUAUACAAAUCUGGAAACAAUAUUCUAUAUUUUGCUUAUUAAUAUUGUCCUCUUUAAGAUAGGAAGUUGACAAGUACCCUCCAAAGUUAGUAUCUUGAUGCUAUCAAACUCAAUAAUUCCAGCUAUUUGUUUUUGAAUAUUGAGUUUAAUUAUUUUGAAACAAGAAUUAUAAAUUUUACCAAAGAAAAUGAGAAGGUUACCUAUGAUAUACUUUAUCAUAAAAUUUUUAAUUGGGAAGACAUGCUUGCUAAUAUUUAGACAUAAUUUCUUGUGAUAAAACCUAUCAAAACUAAAAUCUAUUGGGUGAAUACAGUUAACAGUCAUACUGAAGUUAAGUUUAUUGUUAUUAUUAAAUCUAAUUUCGCCUUUUUAAUCAAGUUUACAUUUGAUCUAAAUGAUUAAAAUAAUACUAAAGUGGAAUAAUAGGGGAUAUUAAGAUAUGAGUAGGGAGCUGUAUUUGAUAAGUUGAUGUUCAUUGAUCACAAUUACGCAGUUCUAAGUUUUCAAUGCGAUACAAAAUUGUUUAUUAACGUAUUUGAUAUUAGCAAUCUAUCUGAGCAUAAAAAUAUAGACAGUACGUAAAAUUUACUAUUAAAUAAUUAUACAGCAAUAGAAAGAUACAAUGAAACUCAUUUUGUAAUGAUUGAGAAGAUCACAAAAGAUUUAUAGAAGAUCCAUUUAAUCACUCUUGGUAAAUUAAGGGUUGAAUGUUAUGGAGAAUGUUCUAAACCCGCUCACUUAAGGCUAAGUAAUCAAGUAUCAGAAGUUUUAAUAGAAAUUCAAUUCAAUAAUGGUAAAGAAAUAAAGUGUUUUAUACAAAUAAUAAUAAUUAUAAUUACUUUAAUUUGUAUUUUGAUCAAAUUAAUUACUAAUUAAAUGAAAACAUAGAAAUAAAUUUGA